UGUCCGCAGGACGUGUCUCGCGGUGUUUGGGGCUCUUCUCGCGGUGCUUGGGCUCGGGCAGCGGCUCAAACUUGUCUCUGGCGCAGCUUCGGUCACAUUCUGCGUAGAGAGAGCGGCGCUGCGGCGAGCUGCGCACAAACUACUGCAGAAAUGGUGUUGUUGCACGUGCUGUUUGAGCAUGCGGCUGGCUAUGCGCUGUUUGCAGUCAAAGAGGUGGAGGAGAUUGGGAUGUUACUGCCUCAGGUGGAGGAGAGUGUGCUGAGUCUGGCUAAGUUUAACAGUAUUGUGAGUCUGGCUGCCUUCUUCCCCUUUAAAUCUGCUCAAGCUGCUCUGGAAAACAUGAACGCCAUCUCAGAAGGCCUUGUUCAUGCUGAUCUGAAGUUGUUUCUGGAGACAAAUCUUCCUCGUUCUGGGAAAAAGAAGCCGAUGUUGGGAGUGUCCGAUGCAAAGAUUGGCGCCGCCCUGCAGGAGGAGUUUGGAAUGUCCAUUCAGACCGGAGGAGUGGUGGGCGAAAUACUCAGAGGUGUCCGUCUGCACUUUCAUGCCCUGGUCAAAGGUCUGACCGCUCUGGCUGCCUCUAAAGCUCAGCUGGGUUUGGGUCACAGCUACUCUAGGGCAAAGGUCAAGUUUAACGUCAACAGAGCUGACAACAUGAUCAUCCAGUCCAUCGCUCUGCUCGACCAGCUCGACAAGGACAUAAACACGUUUUCUAUGCGGGUCCGCGAAUGGUACGGUUACCACUUCCCAGAGCUGAUAAAGAUAGUCCCUGAUAACUCAACGUACUGUCGUUUGACUCAGCUGAUUGGGAACCGGAAGGAGCUGUCAGAGGAGAGUCUGGAAGCUCUGGAGGAGGUGGUGAUGGAUGGAGCCAAAGCACAGGCCAUUCUGGAAGCUUCAAGGCAAUCUAUGGGCAUGGACAUCUCCCCCAUCGACCUGAUAAACAUUGAACGGUUCUCGAGUAGAGUGGUGUCACUGGCUGCAUACAGACUGGAGCUGCAGGAGUACCUCAGGUCAAAGAUGGGACAGGUGGCUCCCAACCUGGCAGCCCUCAUUGGAGAAGUGGUUGGAGCGCGCCUCAUCUCUCAUGCUGGCAGUCUCACGAACCUGGCUAAAUACCCCGCCUCCACGGUGCAGAUUCUGGGCGCAGAGAAAGCCCUGUUCAGAGCCCUGAAAACCAGAGGAAACACACCCAAAUACGGUCUGAUCUUCCACUCCACGUUCAUUGGUCGUGCGGCUGCCAAAAACAAAGGACGAAUCUCCCGUUACCUCGCCAACAAGUGCACAAUCGCCUCCAGGAUCGACUGCUUCUCUGAGGUGCCAACGAGUGUUUUUGGGGAUAAACUUCGGGAGCAGGUGGAGGAGAGACUUUCCUUCUAUGAGACUGGAGAUAUGCCGAGGAAGAACGUGGAUGUGAUGAAGGAGGCUGUGCAGGAGGCCGGAGAGGUGGCUGCAGAGAUCAAACGCAAACUGGAAAAAAAGGAAAAGAAACGAAAGAAGAAAGAGAAGAAACUCCAGGAACUUGAGGAGAAUGGGACCAACGGAGAAGUGGAGCAUGAAAACGGAGAGACUGAGACUGAGCCUGUGGUGAAAAAGAAAAAGAAGAAACAGCCCAAGCCUGAUGCUCCAGAGGAGGGACAGAUGGAGGAGGAGGGCGCUGAGAACGGAGCAGCCCAAGAAACUCCAGCCAAAAAGAAAAAGAAACGCAAGUCUGAGCCACAGGAGGGUGCUGGUGAACAGGAGCCAGAGGAGCAGAGUGUAGAGACUCCAGCUAAAAAGAAGAAAAAGAAAAAGGAGGCAGAAUAAAGAGGGGGUGGAGCCAAAGAAGAGGAAUGAGGCGGCGUAAAGACUUUUAUUUCAUUUAAACUUUUUUCUUAAACUUUAAAAUUUUUGUUUAAACUUUGUUUGGUAUUAUGUGCCUUUAUAAAUAUACCUGUAAAUAUUACAUUAAAACAUGGACAAAGUUUUUGAUUUUUAUUCAUGUGGUAGAAUGUGUAACAGGGAGUGUUCAACCAGCAGCUCUCUGCCUCAUCCAAGCAGCUUUAUGUGUUGUGCUGAAUAACUUAAACGUGUUGAAUUUGCCCAACUGUGUACUCAAAUGGAUAAUGGUUUAUAGCCAUCUGAAAGUACCCACCUAAGGCUGUGGGUCUUAGUUACUCAUUUGCUGAAGUGAGUAGCUCUGGCAUUUUGGUUUGGUGGUAGUAGCUCACCGAAGGAAAAGUCUGAUGUAUUGUCUCAGAUGGAACACGAUGGAGGACGAUGCAUUUUGAAGUCAUAUUUGACCUGAAAAUCAUGAAAAAUAUUGACGGGUGGAAAAGAGCCCUUCUUGAAAAGUUGUAUCAAAACAAGUAUAAGAGCACAUGACAACAAAGGACUGUUUUGUGUUUAAAUGAUCCAUUCUGUUACUAAAACACAAGUUGACAAAAAAGGUCACAUCUUGAGUUGGAGACUUGUAACUUCACAAGAAAUAUUCUAUGUGAGACCUGAGCUUCAACGAUAAGAACCUUUAUUUGUCCCACGGGUGGAAUUCCACUGAAAUACAUUGUUUUUAGGCCUGUAGUUGACUAAAAGCUGCUGAUCGAUUUGUCUCAAAACCAUUCUGCAUCUCCGUUUUUCCCAACUGCACUCAUGAGACUACACCUGCAGGGGGAGUUCAUGCAAAAAAUAUUUAUGCAGAAAAGUCUGUAAAUCAUGAGCUUAAUCUGACUUUUUACAGAUAAAUGACAAAUACUAAAUCUCCACAUCUCCUUUCUGUUCUUGUCUCAAAGAAAUACUUAAACUCUAAAUAAAACUUAUUUCAAGGCAAGGGAAGUAACCCAGAGACACUGAAGAAUGGGUCAAAUCCUGAGGUCACAUUUCCUAUGGGAUAGUGAACAAAUAUUUAGAUAACAGGUGUAAUUCUUAAGCGAAAGUUUGUUUAAAACUAAAGGUGCACCUAAUCAUCUCCUGGAAUGUUCCGCAGUAUGGCAUUGAGCUCAUGUUUAUUAUUUGUGAUUAAAACUACAUGUGAUUUUAUAGCUCAAAAGCAUCAACACACAUCUAUUUUUCCAAACAUCUGACUUAUACUUUCAUGUUUUAUCACAUUCACCAAAAGUAUAAGAAGAGCAGAUCUGCAGCCUCUCAUCAGUUUGUUUGAUGAACACUACUCGUUAGUAGUUCGUUGCUUUGCUCUUUUGAUAUUUUGGAUUCUUGUUGAAAGUGUUUUUUUUUCCUCUGCUCAGAUCCUGCCAGCCCUGCAGCUUAAUUAACUGUAAAUAAAUACUGUUUUGGCCACC